GCGGCGUGAGGGGGGUCCCGGGGGGGAUCCCGGGGGUCCCGGGCCACGUUCCCUUUGGAAUCCCGGUACCCCCGGGUGCGCCGCCUCCUCGGCCUCUUUGCUUUUACUUCUUGUCUUUUUGGUUAAUUGCCGUUUUUUUUCCAGCGGUGGACAGAAAGCGGGCAAGGAGUGGAGCAGAAAAUAGCAGCCCUCAGAUCCCGCAGGCCUGAGGGGCGAAAGCGGUGUGGUGUUUUUUUCCCCCCAAAACAACCCCAGAAAUGCUCCCCAGCCAAAGCGGAGCUGGCGGGAGACGGAAAUUCCAUCAGCAUCCGCUGCGCUCAGAGCAUUCCAUCAGGGAAGCGAUCCCCGCGGGCGGUGGGAGCCGCUCCUUGGAUAGAGCCCUCCUUGUCCGCCGCCUUUGUGCGGCGCCCUGGCCGGCACCUCCCUUCUGACGGCGUGAAAAGGCUCAGGGAUCGCUUUUCAGGAGAGAUCCCUGCGGACCUUCCCUUUGAAAUGAAUGAAGCAGCCCCGCUGUCUUCCUCUGUUAUCUAAAAUCACGGCCACGGGUAUCGUUUGUGUGAGACAAUUGAUUGGGUGUUUGGGCUGUUUUCCCGUGUUUUUGAGGCCAGUGGAAAGUUUCCACCGUGCCUAUAGCUGCGGUCCUACAUCCCUCCUCAGUCCUGCCCGAGGAUUUGGGAUUGCUUCUUCCUGUCGCCAGGGUUAAUCUGGAUGCGUCGCUGCCACGGGCAACCUGACGUCUGAAUUUUUUGGGGCUUGUUGGAAAAUGAGAGCCCGAGGCUCAUAGUCCCGCGGGAGAAGCUGUGUCCUGAUGGCCGUGGAUGUGGGAAAAUCGCCUUCUGAGGAGUCACUGAGCGGGAAGGGCGAUGGGAGGUGGGCCAGCGCCGGCACGGAGAUGGACUUCCCGGAGCUGGCAGGGAGCCUGCACCAGCUUUUAGGGACAGAGGAAGCCAAGCCCAGCCUGCAAGUGACAGAGGGUGUGGCAGUGAGCAGACACAGUCACAUUGCUACUGAUGUUACCCACGGUGGCUCCAGCUGCCACCCAGAAGUGUCCUCAGCAUCUACACCCAAAAUUCCCAGAGCAAGAGAAAACUCCUCAGGGAAAGUGUUGUUAGUGGAUAGAGCUGCUGAUGGUGACCCUGUGCCUUGUCGAGCUGGCCACUGGUUCCUCUCCUCAAAAGAACAGCAGGUGAAGGCAUCGGGCGGUUGGGAGCCGGUGUCCAGCCCUCCCAGCCGGCGCAGCUCUGCCGAAGAGAACAUCCUUGCUGGCGGCCGCCACGAUGCCCAUGUUGGCCGUCGGAGACAAAGUCUGGCAGCUCAGUCCCCGUGUCCUUCCACCCCAGAGCUCCUGCGGCCCCAAACUCCGCCCAGCCCCGGGAGCGCCCUGCGGAGCCGCUCCGUGCUGAGCUUCUCCGCUCUGUCCUCAGAAGGAAACGGCCCCUCCGAGGAGCCGUCCGGAAGCUUGCUAGGCAGCACGGAUGUCCCUUCUGCAGCCACCACGGCUGCCCAGGACCUGAGCUGCCGAUGGGCAGUGGAAAGCAGGGCCCUGCAGAGGCGGGAGCCCCCGGGCGCUCCGCUCGAUUACCGCAGCAGCGUGGGGCGCAUCCGCGAGAUCUCCUCCUACCAAGCCGAUUACUGGGCCUGUGCCAUUCCGGAUUCACUGCCCCCGUCUCCGGACCGCAGCUCGCCCCACUGGAACCCCAACAAGGAGUACGAGGACUUGCUGGACUAUGCUUACCCGCUGAAGCCGAGGUACAGGCUGGGAAGGAUACCGGAGCCUUUCCUCCAUGACUCAGGAGUAGGUCUGGACAGCUUUUCUGCUUCUCCUGAGGGCGUGUCCAGGUCCACCAGCAUCUACGGCCGAGCUGGGCAGGCUCGGGGAAGCAGAGAAAAUGGACUUUGGGAGUUUGUGGCCUCUGCAGAGAGAUUCUCCACCCCGAGGCCCGGAAAAAGAGGCUGCUCAGGAGCUGGCUCAUACUUUGAACCUUCACCUAUUGCCAAAGCAUCAUUUGCAAGGAGUGCUUCCUCUCAUCUUUCCAGAGGUUUUGCUAAGGAUGUGAGGGUGGAAUCUUCUGGGCCAAGCUCACCUGGGCGCCCUGCUGCCGAUGGGAGAAGGUGGGAUACCAGAGGAAGCCCCUGCCCAAACUACACAGGGCAGGUGAAAAGCACCAGGAGGUUUUUACCCACCACAGGAAUGCUCCCCCUUGGGAAGGAGUGGGAGAGUGAUGAAGAAUUUCUUUCCCUGCCUCCAAGACUGAAGGAGCUGGAAAGGCUGGCUCAGUUUUUGUCCAGUCUUUCCUUAACAAUAAGGACGCCUGGGCAUGACCCCCUUAACCUUCCACAUCACAGCACCAGCAAGCAGCCCCUUUCAUCUAGGUUGGCUCCUUUUGAAGAAGUGAGAGGUGGGGAUGACAGAGGGAGUAUUGAGGGUUAUGCUGGGCUGUGGCAACACCGCAGCUCCCGAAAGCCCAUCUGGGAAAACACAGAAUUGUGUGGCUGGAUCCACAGGGAUCCUCCCCGCGGGCUUCAUCUACCAACUGGUCUCAGGGACACAUUGGAUGGCAUGUGCCUAAAUGAGCCACGGGUCAAGGGGCAUCCAAAGAAGAGCCAGCAGAGCGAGUCCCUUAUCCAGUGUGUUAAGAUGUUUUGCUGCCAGCUGGAAGAGCUGAUCCACUGGCUGUACACCGUGGUGGAUGUCACCGGCAGCUGGGUGCCACCCUCGCCGGAUGCCGAGAGCGUGUUGGCAUCGCUGCACCGCUACCUGGAAUUCAGGAAGGAUGUGGCCGACCACCGGAGCCUGACUGAGAGCGUGCUGGAGAGGGGAGAAGCUCUCCUGGACUGCAUGGCAUCAAAUUCACCAGCCCUGAAAGACACGCUGGCUCUGAUUGCCAAACAGUCGGAAGAGCUCGAAAGCCACGCAGAGCACCUGUACAAGUCCAUCCUGGCUGCCGUGGGGGGCAAGGACACGGGGCAGGACAAGGAGGGCGCAGCACACGGCUGCUCCCUGGGUGCUGCCUCUGUCAGACCUAGGCUGCGUUAGCCCAUCUCAGGAGGGCUGAGAAGAAUUGCAGCAAGCACCAAACCACCUCCAUCACCUCUCCAGAGAUGCCAAAAUCUGUGUCCAGUUGCCCACAGGGCUGAUUUCAGCGUUGGGUUUGUACUAUGGCUUGAGAAAGGUGCCCUGUACAGCAGGUGUGCUGGGAUGUCCGGAGUUGUGUCAGAAAUGUACAGCUGGUUUUUUUUAACAUAGCUUCCCCUUUUUUAUUGAAGUGGACUGUUCCGUGUUAGCAAAACGUCAGGAACAGUUUUUUAACUCAGCAAUCCAUAGUGUGCCGUGCGCUCGCUAAGUAAAGCCGUGUGAUUUUAA